AUGGCCAUAUCAGGAAAACCCUCUCAUCGUACAGAUAGUUGGAAUACCAGGGCAUGGAGAAUCCAAGCUGGACAGAGGGGAGGAGCCCUUCCCAUCCAAGAGCAUGAGGCUCCAAUCUGGCUAGAAGGCCCUGCACUAGUUCAGGUCCCCCAUAAUCAGCCAGAACCUCUACUUAUUCCACAACCUGUGGCCCCGCAUGAUCAACCCUUGGCACUUCUGCCUGAGGCACUAGCUGUGUUGCCUUACAGACCCAGAAGGAUGGAUCCCAAUCCAUUCCAUCCACCAACAAGAGGCAUAAGGGGAAUCAACCCCUUUGCCAACAAUGACAAGAACAGACCGGGGGCAAACUGGAGGAAUCAUCUAGAUUUUGAAGAAGAGGAAGAAAAAAUGGAGGAAGUUCUGCCCAUGCCAUACAGAAUGGAGCACAAGAUUGACCACGCCCAACCAGAACAAGGGCAAAAUCCGCACCCGAUCAAUGCUUUAAAUGACAAAGGGGCAUUACAAAGAAUGAUCAGUGAGAUGAUGGAACCUGAAGCCAGAAGAAGAGAAAGGCCCACCUACAGAAAGCCAUAUUCGGCUUACAUUGAUAAGAUACCUCUAUCCCCGGGUUUCAAGCCAGAAGUUACCAUCAGUGAUCUUGCUGCCCUCAAACAGAAUGAAGAUGAGCCAGCUCAGGACUUUAUAACCAGAUUCAGAAAGCUCAAGAUGAAAUGCCGAAUCCCUAUGGAAGAAAGGCACUUCAUCCAGAUGGCUCAAACCGCCCUUAAAAUCUCGCUGAGAAAAAGAUUUGACGGGAUGCUGUUUGGAGAUCUAGCAAAACUGGCAGAUAAAGCAUCCAAAUACAAGGACUGCUCAGGGAAGAACAACAGAAGAGGAACGCUUCCAAAGGCACAUACUACAAGUCCACUUCUUCUUCAAUACAUCUGGUUGAGAAAUGGCAAAGUUGAAACAUCCCAUCAACUGCAAGGCCCUUACAAAGCCACCAAAGUACUAGAAGCCGCCACCAUUAAUAAGAGGAUGCUGCUACAAAAGGCAAUAGAGACACCCCACAGGUUGCCCAAGCUGGAAAAGCUUAAGGGCAGACAGUAUUGCAGGGAUGUCGUACAAGAAGGAAUAACAAUAGGAAGGCUAAAACUAGCGGAGAAACCUCCAUCAAUUACAACAAAUCCCUUUCCCUAG